GCACGGAGCCUCCCGGCGCCGGGCAGCGGCGGCACAGCCAUGUGAGAGCGGCGCGGACGCGUCCCCUGCCGGAGCCGCGGCGGUGCCGGUCCUGCCGGCGGAGCGGGGCUCUUCCCUGGAUGGGCUCAGUCCGUAGGGAGGCUGCGGAGGGGCUCUGGGGCGCCGAGGGUGCCGGUCCGGGUACAAAAGGAGCGAGCUUCGCCGGGGGAGGAGGCUGCGGAGGCUGUCAGAGCGGCAGGCUGGGUCCGCGGAGGGGCUGCGGGCAGCCGGAGGUGUUCCGUGCUGGGCACAGCGGGACCUGCACCUCGCAUAAAUGCCUGCGGAACUCAAACAGGAACAAAGUCCCAGUAACCAGACUUCAAUAGCAAUGAUGCAAGAGCCUCAAGAAAUGGUGGAAGAGACAGUUACUGUGGAGGAAGACCCAGGCACUCCCACUUCCCACGUGUCUAUUGUCACUUCUGAAGAUGGAACCACGAGGAGAACUGAAACCAAGGUUACCAAGAUGGUCAAGACGGUCACCACGAGGACGGUGCGGCAGGUGCCGCUGGGGCCGGACGGGCUCCCUGCCAUGGACGGCUCCUCGCCCAUGGGCAGCUACACAGACUCCAUCGACAGGAGGUACCUGAAGAACGGGGAGCGCUUCAUCACCCCCCAGGCCUCGUCCACCCUCACCCGAUCCUACAACAGCUACAACGACUCGUACCCCGAGAGCCACGAGGGCCAGUACCGCCCCUACAUCGGCCACGACGGCUACGGAGACCUCUCGGACAACUACGGCAGCUUGUCCCGGGGCGUCGGCUACCGGCCCCGCUACGCCUACGUGCCCGGGGGCACCUACCGGCCCGACGAUGGCAGCUUCACCCUGCCCAGCAGGAGGGAGAACUACGGCCCCGUUGCCCAGCCCCAGGUGCCGGUGGGCAGCAGCGCUGACCUGAACCGCUCUCAGCCCGAGCGCUUCCAGCCGGAGCCCUAUGGACUGGAGGAUGACAACCGCAGCCUCGGGGUGGAUGAUGAGGGGUACGAGCUGGAUCCAGAUUACUCCACUGUGAACAGGAGGACGUCUGCAGGUGUGCCAGAGAGAGGAAGGCCUCACAAAGGAAGGGGCUACGAUGACCCCAUCGAGACGGAGAUGGUCGAGGAGAGGAUCCCGUACCUGCACGGCGGCUACGCGGCGCCGCUGGCGCAGCCGGAGCGGGGCAGCAUGGCCAGCAUCGACCGGCUGGGGAAGCGCUCGCCGUCCAUCGACAGCAUCCGCAAGGACCCGCGCUGGAGGGACCCCGACCUGCCCGAGGUCAUCGCCAUGCUCAGCCACCCCAUCGACCCCGUCAAGUCCAACGCCGCGGCCUACCUGCAGCACCUGUGCUACGAGAACGACAAAAUCAAAAAGGACGUGAGGCACCUCAAGGGCAUCCCCAUCCUGGUGGGCCUGCUGGAUCACCCAAAGCCUGAGGUCCAUCGUAAGGCCUGCGGGGCUCUCAGAAACAUCUCCUACGGGAAGGAUAAUGAAAACAAAGUGGCUAUAAAGAACUGUGAUGGGAUCCCUGCAUUGAUCAGGCUGUUGAGAAAAACAAACGACAUGGAAGUCAGAGAGCUAAUUACAGGCACCCUGUGGAAUUUAUCCUCCUACGAGCCCCUGAAGAUGGUCAUCAUCAACCACGGUCUGCAGACGCUGACCAACGAGGUGAUCAUCCCGCACUCGGGCUGGGAGAGCGAGCCCAACGAGGACUCGAAGCCGCGCGACGCCGAGUGGACGACGGUCUUCAAGAACACCUCUGGCUGCUUGCGGAACGUAAGCUCAGAUGGAGCAGAAGCACGCAGAAGGCUGCGGGAGUGCGACGGCCUGGUGGAUGCCCUGCUCCACGCUCUGCAGUCUGCGGUUGGCAAGAAGGACACGGACAAUAAGUCUGUGGAGAAUUGUGUGUGCAUCAUGCGGAACCUUUCCUAUCAUGUCCACAAAGAGGUCCCUGGAGCUGAUAAGUACCAAGAACUAGAUGCUGGUCAGACUACAGGCACAGGAGGCUCCCAGAAGAAGAAGAAAGAUGAUGCUGGUUGUUUUGGUGGAAAGAAAGCUAAAGGAAAGAAGAAUGGGGAUUUGGACAGGAAUUUUGAUACACUUGAUUUGCCUAAGCGGUCUGAAGCAGCAAAAGGCUUUGAAUUAUUGUACCAGCCAGAUGUGGUCCGACUGUACCUCUCCAUCCUCACUGAAAGUCAGAACUUCAACACUCUGGAAGCUGCAGCAGGAGCUUUGCAGAACCUUAGUGCUGGCAACUGGACGUGGUCCACGUACAUCCGUGCGACGGUGCGGAAGGAGAGGGGGCUGCCGGUGCUCGUGGAGCUGCUCCAGUCUGACUCAGACAAGGUUGUGAGGGCUGUGUCCAUUGCCCUGAGAAACCUUUCCAUGGAUCGUCGCAAUAAAGAUCUCAUAGGUAGUUAUGCCAUGGGUGAGCUGGUAAGAAAUUUGCCCAGCAGGCAGCAGAGAUCUGCAAAGAACCUGGAAGAGGACACAGUGGUUGCAGUGUUGAAUACCAUCCAUGAAAUCAUUACUGACAGCUCAGAAAAUGCAAGGUCUCUGAUCCAGACACAGGGCAUUCAGAAGCUGGUAGCUAUCAGCAAGUCAAGCCAGUCUCCCAGAGAAACAAAAGCAGCAUCUCACAUUCUUCAGAUGAUCUGGAGCUAUAAAGAACUACGAAAUGCCCUUCAGAAAGAUGGGUGGAACAAGUCACACUUUCAGUCUGUUUCUGCAGCUCCAAAGGGCUCCAAAGGUACUGCUGGCAGGUCUGGCUAUGACGACAGCACUUUGCCUCUGGUGGAUAAAAGUCAAGAUAAUGAGAAGUCUGGGAGUCGUGAUAUGAUACCUAUGGAUGAACUUGGCCCAGAUGGAUAUUCCACCAUCGACCACCGAGACAAGGAGCGCAAGUACAAGAGCAGCGAUAACACGGGAGACGCUUCCGAGAAGGAGCCUUUAAAAGGUUAAAGUCCAACCACAUUUUUUUUAAUUGAGGGGGGAGAAACAAACAUUGAAUCGACCCAGAGAUCUCAUCAGUCACCACUGCCAUUCAGACUGGGAGGGCUGCAGGUCCCAGGAGGGCGUGGGGAGCGAACCCACCCGAGUGCCAUCGCCCGGAGCACGAUGCCUUACAGCGAGACACUCUGCUGCUUAACUCCCUGACAUUCCCACCAGAAACAGCCACCGCCUCCCCCUCCCUCCCUCCCACUCCUGCAAGAAGAAGAGCAAGAAAAGAGAAUCCAAGCUUCCAUGUAGCUGGCUGCGUUCUUAGGUGACUCUUACAUGUGGAUGGUGCCAAGUUGGAGAAGCGCACAUCAUGCGGCAGCUUCACAGCCAGAGAGGAACUGCGGGGUAUUUGAAAUGAUACCGUAGGUGUAGCCUUGAGGAGAAUAGCACUUUUCUGGUUUGGGGUUCAUUGCUUUGGGUUUUGUUUUGGGGGAUUUCUUUUGAACUGUGACUCUUAAUGUUUUUGAAGGCUUUCUGAAAAAUGUUUAGGUUUUCUUUAUUAUUCCCACAGAAGGUGCAGAACUGUUGAGUGGGUAUAUUGGAUUUCAAUGAAGGGAGAAAAUGCAGAAAAAAAACUAUUAAAUGCUAGUUAAAUGAACUGGAGAGUGGAUGACAAAAUUGAUGCAGCUGUAUAAUCUGCUUUUAGAGUAAGCUAUAUCAAUCACAGUGCUAUAUUAUCAUUAUAAUCUGGUGUACAAUACUUCUGCCUUUUGAAUUCUGUAAUGUCUCUGUUUUUAUUUCUGCAUAUUGAAAAGCAGUUUAUGGAAGGUUUCAGUGUCCCUGGUUCAGAAAUAUGUGCUGGGAAAUGGAGUUGGCUGGCUUUUUACUUUCAUGUUCUCAAAGAUUGCAAUAAGGAGCUUCUACAUGUUAAAUGUAUCAUUGUUGCAUUGAUGAUGAUGAACUACUUUUGCCAUAGCUGUUAAGACAUUGAAGUUAAUAGGAGCUUUUUUGUAGGAUGUCUCAUUUUGAACACCUAUAAAUUUGAGAUGGGUUUGUCACUUAUAUUUGAUAGUAAAUUUUUCAGUGUUGGAUCCAUGUUUUCUUUGGGCUAAAGAUCCUGAUGAAAAAUGCCACAAAGGGAACUGGUUUGGCAUUUUAAAAUCAUUGUCAUGGUUUCUGUGUUCCUUUGCUUUUGAGAUUGCAUAUUUCACGUGGCGUGAAAAUCACCUGUGUGCAGCAGCUCUCCUCCAGGAUGCCAAGGCCUGCCUUCUGUAGGGGCAUGUUUACCUCAAGAAAACGUACUCUGCAAAUGUGGUAUCUGGAAAUGCCGGGAACAAAAUUAUUUCAGAUCACUGAUUUUCUCCAGGCAUUGGUCAAGGGAGGGCAGCAGAUGAGAACAGAAAGCAGAUGUCUCAGUAUCAGCAUUGAGAGGACUUUUGCUGAUUUUACUUGGUUGCCACUGUUCUUUGAUUGCCACAUUUAGUUUUAAACAAGCUCCUAGAAACGGUGUGACUGGAAAGCACAUCCUUGAGUCUAGCAAACAUCAUUUUCGGUUUUCAGUGCCUGCCAUUCCUUUUGUAACUAAAAAGGGGAAGUAUCCAACAAUCUCAUCUCCCCCAAAAUAUUACUGUAAUAGUAACCAUUGCAUUUUUUUGUAUAAAAAAAUUUUAAAAACUUGAAAAAAAAAAGCAAGUACCAAGAGCUUUGUAUCUUCUUGAGUAUAUUAAGAAUUUGACAUGAAUACAUAUAUAUAAAUAAAUAAAGAAGUCUAUAUAUCUAUAUAUAUAUAUUGUUGUGCAGAGAAUAGGUUAACAAAACCAUGUAAAGUAGUUUGCAGGAGAGGGAAGCAUUUGUUGAUUCAGGGAAAAAGACUGAUGCCAGAAGCUGUCAGUGAUUUGGAUGAUACGUGUGCUGCUUCGCACCCUCCCUAUUUGACCCUCAUCUUCCACAUACGUUGCAGUGUCACUUCUGGAUCCUGGGAAGGUGAAGUUGCUUGGAGCAAAUCAAUAUAACAAAGAUUUGUUUUUUCACCUGCAUGAGAGUCCUAUUGGGCCAAAGAUGCUCAGCGGAUCAAGGGAAGCAAAGAGAGGCACCUGUGACUAUCUGUGUCGGGGCACUGUCUCUCUGUGUAGACAUGAGGUGUGGCAAUGAAACCAGAUACAUCGUCUGACUGUAUAUUAUAUCAAUGGUGCUCUUUUCAUACUUGUUCUGCCAAUACGCGGAGACCCUUUUAACCAAGCUACACAGAAGAGUUUUAUAUCACUUUUGGUUAUGUACUUGGUGUAUUCUUUUUGUAUAUGAAAGGAUUUUUUUAAAAACGUUCAGUAAUUAGCAAUGGAACCUGCUUUGUAGCUGACUAGAACAGUGUAAGAGAAGGGCCGUGCUGUCAGUCUGUCCCUGAUCUACUUCAAACCAUAUAUUUACCAAAGGAGUCUGAGAAAAAGUUCACUUAAAAUAAAGACCUGACUGUUGAAAGGAGUCUCUGCUAAGACUUUGUGAUUUAGUUAUUGUGCAGAUAUUUCAAGGCCAGCAAGAAGUUAACAGAGAAAACCACAGGAAGGGGCAAGUGAAGUGACUGGGGCCAGUUAUGAUCAUGACUUCCUAGAUAUCCCAUGGCUCUUACUGGGACACUACAGGGACACUCAGAGUCUGGGUUUGGAGUCUACAUUCAUCUGUGUCAUUAAUGGGCUAAAAACACUAAGGAUAUUUGAGAAGCAGAUUCAGACCCCAUCUCACUUCUCCCAAAAGUCUUUUUUUGUAUUUACACUGCACCCUGAACUGUCCCUGUCAAGUUAGAUGGCACUGGCUGCCCAGGUCAUCGUAGCAAACUGUUCUUUGUUUUCCUGGGGGUGUUACAGCAGCCAGCAGAGUUGUGAGCUGACAACAUGGUUUAUUGCUGCAGAAAAUCAGAGGAUGGUAUGUCAAGAAGUUGAUGGGCCAAGGCUUCCCCUGGGAAUCACACUUCAAACCCCUACCCUUCCCAUGCCUUACAUUGACAACUAAUUCCCAAGUAUGUAGCAAUAACCCAUCCCCCUCAACAUUACUGUAGGGUUUUUUCUUCUCAACAAACUGUUAUUUGGAUGCUGAGGAAAGAAAACAGAUCGGGGGAUGACUUGCACGUGAGACUAUCACCUUGUAUUCUCAGCCCACCUGCUGAGGUCCAAAGCAGGGUGCCUUGAACCAGGUCUGGUGAUUUAAUGUCCUUUUUGUCUAUGGCCAGGGGCUCACUGGUGGGAUGUGUGCCCACCCCUGCCCUCACCUCUCCCCUUGUUGGCACAAGUGUGACUGGCUGUUUGAGCUGUUCUGGAAUGUGGGUGUAUGAACCCGUCAUUGUUGUAUUUUGGCAGCAGGGACUGUAUGUAAAGAAGGGAAAGUGGCAGUGUGUGUUGACUAAUGCUGCAGUAUGGUCUAGAGUCUCCUGCUAAAAGGCAGGCAGUGCUCUUUAGGGCUCAGGUAUGUGACCUCCUCUUUUACUGUUUACUCCACUGUGAAAACAGGAGGGAAUAUGCCUGCAAGGGGCUGGGAUAGAAGAGAUUUCUACCUGCAGAAAUUGUAGUGGGAGGGAUGGUUGUGGAAGGAAGUGAGGGUGUUGCAAGACUCCUGAAAAAGAGGAGGAAAUUUGAUGGCCCUGUCAGGGCUGAGAUAACAUGGGGGAGAGGAAGACUUCUGACAGCAUGUGAUUACUGUAGAACCUUCUUCCCAGGAAGGUGGCUCACAUAUCUCCCAGGCGUUUUCACUGAGCUGUGCAAGUUGAAAGAACACUGUGUGCCAGCUCCCCUGGAGAAGCAUCAAGUAAGUGUGAGAGCAGUUGUGCUUUACAGCUUCCCAGGUCAGUCAGCAGGUCUGCAGAAUCCAAGGAGGAGAGCAAAAAGGCAAGGCUGUAAGACGUUUUGGUUCUGUUGUGGAUUUAAGUAGCAAUAUAGCCAUACAUACAACUCAAGGUGUGUUGUCAGCUUGAAAUGCUCCCUAGGGAACAGCUUGGGCAGCCAUAGGUCCCAGUCUUCAGUGUCUUCUGUUCUGGCAUAACUGCUGCCUAUCCCAGAUGUGUUCUCACAUGCUCAGACCUUCUGGUUCUCACUUCUAUCAGGAAAGCAAAUCUGGUCUCUGUUGCCAAGAUGCCCCUGGGGACCAGGAACUGACUUGCUGUCAGGGACACAUGAUGAAAGCCAGGGGUGGCAUGUCUGUUACAGCAGUUUCCUAAGCGUGUGCCAGCUCUGAGGAGAAGUUUCAAUAAUGCUUUCCAGCAGGAAAGCCUUAUGCUAGGCAAAGCAGUUGUCACUCCUAGAGCAGUUCCAUGAGCCUGAAGGUAAUGAGUUACCUUCUGUUACCUGCCUUAAGGUUGAGCAUAGGCUCAGCUACCUGUGAGGGAGGUGCACAUGUCAAACCCUCGAGUAAGCAAAGCUUCAGAAGCCAAAUGGGCACACAGGAUUGGUUAUAGCCUCAUCUGCUGAGCGACUGCUGGCUCAGUGAAACCUACAGUGUGCCAAUAUCUUCAGCCAGCAGGUUUGUGCUGUUGGGGUGGAGUUUUUGAAAGUGUUUAUAUAGGUGUAGUUUCUUGCAAAAUUUCCUUAUGAUGCCCCUAAAAUCUGGUGUUUCCUUAUCUUUGACAGAGAAAAUCUCUGAUUUACUGAUACAGUAACUAACCUAGUGCAUUUAAGGGGAAGAUAUUAUGAGCCUUUGUUUUAAGUUUGACAUCAGGGUAGGAUGAUCUGAAGUCCAAGGUGAGGAGGAAGAUAGUGCAGAUACUACAAGGCCUGCCAAUCUGGUUCUUACUGUUCAGAAAAAACAAAAUAACUAGACUAAGAAGCUUACUGGUAAUUAGUAGCUAAUGUGUUUGUAACUAUCAUGUGCCUUAAAAUUUUCAUGGUAGGAGAAUUUAAAAAAAUCAACAAUGUGUUUUCUGUAAUAACUGCUCAACAUUCUCUCUGUAGAUUAGACUGGUGGGAUUUUGCAUUGUAUUUACACUGUACUAUAAACUGAAACACUUAGAGUGGUUUGAUUUUACAAGUAUGGAGAGGGAAAAAAGGUGGAUUAUGCUUUUCAUAGAACAAAUAUUACCGUGACAGAAUGUAUUAUUACUAUGAUAGGAUCUUUCCAUAAUGCAGACAAGUAGAAUGCUUGUUAGAAACCAGGUAUGUAGGAUAACAGUUUGGUGUGUUUUCAAUAAACCAUGCCUGGAAAGAA